CGCCCUGUAUCCCAUCCUCUGCAGCACGGAGCGUGUCUGUAUCUGCAGUCAAAGCCAGCGUCGUGCCAACUCUAUCCAAUCACACAGCACAAAGAACCUCCUUUAUUCCAAUAGCAGAGCCUCCUUCAACACACACAGCAAACUCUUUUCUUCUUCUUCUUCUCUCUGGUCCUCCGGUCAGAAACGGACGGUUUUCUUCGGUAAAAAAAAAGGAUAAUGUCUUCUAACGGCUGUUGUAGCGGCGGCGGCGGCGGCGGCGGCGGCGGUGACGUCCUGCAGAUCCAACUCGGGUUGAUAAACGCGGGGAAUAAAUAUCUAACGGCUGAAACGUUCGGUUUUAAAAUCAACGCUUCGGCACCGAGUCUAAAGAAAAAACAGAUGUGGACGUUGGAACAGAACACCGGCGGCGACGCGCCGGGAGACUCGAACGGCAACGUGGUGUUUCUCCGGUCGCACCUCAGACGGUAUCUGGGUACGGAUAAAGACGGGAACGUCACCGGGGAGAGCGAGAGUCGAGGUAAAGACUGCAGGUUCGUGUUAACGGCGCACGAUGACGGACGUUGGUCGUUGCUCUCCGAGCCCUACGGGAGAUACCUGGGAGGCAGCGAAGAUCGGAUCAGCUGUUUCGCUCAGACAGUAUCAGCAGCAGAGAAGUGGUGUGUCCACCUGGCCAUGCAUCCCCAGGUGAACCUGUUCAGCCUAACCAGGAAGCGGUAUGCCCACCUGACCUUUAACCCCGACCACUCUGAGGUCUCUAUAGACCGUGACAUCCCGUGGGGGGUUGACUCUCUGAUCACCCUGGUUUUCCUGGACCAACGUUACCACCUGCAAACGUCUGAUAACCGCUUUCUGAAGAACGACGGCAGCCUCGAGGCCACGCCGGACAAGACCACCGGAUACACGCUGGAGUUCCGCUCCGGGAAGGUGGCGUUCAGGGAUUGUUCCGGGCGUUACCUGGCGCCGUCGGGUCCCAGCGGGACCAUGAAGAGCGGGAAGAACAGCCGCGUGGGGAAGGAUGAGAUGUUCUCUCUGGAGCAGAGUCACCCUCAGGUGGUUCUCACCGCCGGCAACGAGAGGAACGUCUCCACCAGGCAAGGCAUGGACCUUUCGGCCAAUCAGGAUGAGGAAGGUGACCAGGAAGUGUUCCAGGUGGAGAUGAGUCGUGAUACAGGAAAUAGGAAGUGUGCGUUCCGGACCGCUGCAGGGAAGUACUGGACCCUGACCUCCACCGGAGGACUGCAGUGUACCGCCUCCACUAAAUCAGCUAACAGCCAUUUUGACCUGGACUGGUGUGACGGGAAGGUUUCUCUCAAAGCCUCCAACGGGAAAUACGUCGACGCCAAGAGGAACGGACAACUGGCCGCCACCGUCGACAACGCAGGGGAGGCGGAGCAGUUCCUGAUGAAGCUUAUCAACCGGCCAAUCAUAGUCCUCCGUGGAGAACACGGUUUCAUCGGCUGUCGUAAGGUCGGCACGGGAACGCUGGAUUCGAACCGGUCCUCUUACGACGUCUUCCGGCUGGAGUUUAAAGACGGAGGGUACAGCCUCCGAGAUUCACUGGGGAAGUUCUGGUGCGUGGGGGAAGAGUCCGCAGUUGUUUGCAACGGGGACACGCCCACCUACUUCCUGUUUGAGCUGUGUGACUACAACAAGAUGGCGGUGCGAGCGCCGGAGGGGCGGUACCUUAAAGGAGACCACGCUGGUGUUCUAAAGGCCAAUGCUGAAGGGGUGGACAACGCAACACUCUGGGAGUACUGACCGCUCUAUAAAGUUUAACAUACAUCAUUCUGGGUAACUUCAAUUACCCCACUGUAGAUAUCCUUUAAAUAAGUAUACUCCGUCUGUUAUGACUUUAUAUGGGCAUAUGGAAUGUAUGGAAUAAAAAGGAAGGUUUCAGACUUUCCUAAGUCUGAGGGUGAGUUUUAACCUUCCCUAAGUCUGAGGGUGGGUUUUAACCUCCCUGAGUCUGAGGGUGGGUUUUAACCUCCCUGAGUCUGAGGGUGGGUUUUAACCUCCCUGAGUCUGAGGGUGGGUUUUAACCUUCCUGAAUCUGAGGGUGGGUUUUAACCUUCCUGAAUCUGAGGGUGAGUUUUAACCUCCCUGAGUCUGAGGUGGGUUUUAACCUUCCCUAAGUCUGAGGGUGGGUUUUAACCUCCCUGAGUCUGAGGGUGGGUUUUAACCUCCCUGAGUCUGAGGGUGGGUUUUAACCUCCCUGAGUCUGAGGGUGGGUUUUAACCUUCCUGAAUCUGAGGGUGGGUUUUAACCUUCCUGAAUCUGAGGGUGAGUUUUAACCUCCCUGAGUCUGAGGGUGGGUUUUAACCUCCCUGAAUCUGAGGGUGGGUUUUAACCUCCCUGAGUCUGAGGGUGGGUUUUAACCUCCCUGAGUCUGAGGGUGGGUUUUAACCUCCCUGAGUCUGAGGGUGGGUUUUAACCUCCCUGAGUCUGAGGGUGGGUUUUAACCUUCCUGAAUCUGAAGGUGGGUUUUAACCUCCCUGAGUCUGAGGGUGGGUUUUAACCUCCCUAAGUCUGAGGGUGGGUUUUAACCUCCCUAAGUCUGAGGGUGGGUUUUAACCUUCCUGAAUCUGAAGGUGGGUUUUAAUCUUCCUGAAUCUGAAGGUGGGUUUUAACCUCCCUGAGUCUGAGGUGGGUUUUAACCUUCCCUAAGUCUGAGGGUGGGUUUUAACCUCCCUGAGUCUGAGGGUGGGUUUUAACCUCCCUGAGUCUGAGGGUGGGUUUUAACCUCCCUGAGUCUGAGGGUGGGUUUUAACCUUCCUGAAUCUGAGGGUGGGUUUUAACCUUCCUGAAUCUGAGGGUGAGUUUUAACCUCCCUGAGUCUGAGGGUGGGUUUUAACCUCCCUGAAUCUGAGGGUGGGUUUUAACCUCCCUGAGUCUGAGGGUGGGUUUUAACCUCCCUGAGUCUGAGGGUGGGUUUUAACCUCCCUGAGUCUGAGGGUGGGUUUUAACCUCCCUGAGUCUGAGGGUGGGUUUUAACCUUCCUGAAUCUGAAGGUGGGUUUUAACCUCCCUGAGUCUGAGGGUGGGUUUUAACCUCCCUAAGUCUGAGGGUGGGUUUUAACCUCCCUAAGUCUGAGGGUGGGUUUUAACCUUCCUGAAUCUGAAGGUGGGUUUUAAUCUUCCUGAAUCUGAAGGUGGGUUUUAACCUCCCUGAGUCUGAACUUUAACUUAACUUAACUUACCACCCAGGGCUUUUUACUUGUGACAUGUAGUUAAAUGCACUAAAGAGGAACCAAUGGGUUCAUAAUGAAGAUACAAACCUCCAGAGUCCUUUUUAAACGUGUCCGUUUUCAGAGGAUAAAGAUACGAACAUU